UUUUUAAAGUUAUUAUUGAAUUGUAAUGUUUUGAAAAAAUGAUUAAAUAAUACGUAUAAAGUUAAUUUAAAACAAGCAACUUGAACUGGUUCAGCUCUUUGCUAUAAUUUGUUCUCUCUCUCUCUCUCUGAGCACAUAAAUCAAUGUGACCGAAUAAAGUACAAGAAUUUCUGUGUAAAAAUCGAAGACGCUUCGUAGAAAACCAAACAAAGACGAAAACAAAGUUAAACUAAUAUGCAAACGGCAAGCUCAAAUACUGCAGCAGCUGCAGCUGGUGCCGGCGGCGAGCCCACGGCAGCACCUCUGCGCGCCUGCAGUACGAGCGGCUGCCGGGUGAGCAAAUAUGUCGAGGUGACCAAACGCAAGUGCUCACAGUUUGUUUCCGCACCGUACAUUAUGCCCAAGCCCUUGGUGGUCAAUGGCAAGACAUCGAUUUUCCAAGUGGGCGGCGAAAUGGCCAAAAUGGGCGACAUACCCUCGCUGGCUGCUGCAGCGGGCAGUGGCGAGGGCCAACCCAUCUAUCGAAUUAAGCCAGGCACCCAUGCGCAUGUCAUCAACUAUGUGUUCAUAGACGAAGGCUCUGACUCCAUGGAGAAGGCCAAGUCGGAAGAUCAAGAGGCCAUGCGAAUGCUGCUCGACUCACAGCGCGAGAGCGCCACAGCAAAGCUGCAGAAAUUACUCUCCACACAUCGUGGACUGGCACUGCUAUCUGCAGCAACGCCAACCACUGCUCCAGAUGCAGCUACUGCUACAGUUGGUCCAGCUGUGCCACCGUCUGGUGUGGCCAACAACGUGCACGUCACUACUCCGCAAAUUCAUCCCAACUUGUCCAUUGCCAGUGUGGAGGGCGCUGCCUUGCCAUUUGCACCCACAGCAGUACCGAGCAUCACACCAAUAUCCACAGCCACACCCACACCGACGGCUGCUUCAGUGCCCGUGCCAGCGCCCGCUGCCGUUGCAGCAGCACCUCCACCAAAGAGCAAGCCAAUGGACACCAGCGUUGACCAGCUACAGGCCGAGAUCCUCAAGCUACGUCGCACUGUGGCACGCCUCGGCGGCGGUUGCGUUCCCAAGUGACUUUAGCACACGUAGAAUAAUUUACUCAUAGGUAGCAGGAAAGUUAGCAUAAAUGACACUUAUCCAUAGAUAGCCAUCGAAUACUCUGACCAUAGUCUAGGACGUUCACUGUUAAUAAACAAACAUGUUUAGCAUUAA